GGAAUCAAAGUACGAAGGUUAUUGCUUGUUUCCCCUUUCAAAACUCUGCAUCUCCUUCUGCGUGGGCCACCAUGUCUACCAACAGCUGUACUUUCAAGGACCGAUGCGUGUCCAUCCUGUGUUGCAAAUUCUGUAAACAGGUUCUCAGCUCUAGGGGGAUGAAAGCGGUUUUGCUGGCUGAUACUGACAUAGACCUUUACUCAACAGACAUCCCUCCUACCAACACAGUGGAUUUCAUUGGAAGAUGCUAUUUCACAGGAAUCUGCAAAUGUAAGCUGAAGGACAUCGCAUGUUUAAAAUGUGGGAACAUUGUAGGCUAUCAUGUGAUUGUUCCAUGUAGUUCCUGCCUUCUUUCCUGCAACAAUGGGCAUUUCUGGAUGUUUCACAGCCAAGCGGUUUAUGGCAUCAACAGACUAGACUCCACUGGUGUAAACUUUCUACUUUGGGGCAACUUGCCAGAGACAGAAGAAUGUACAGACGAUGAGCUGCUAGAGACCUCAGCAGAAGAGUGUAUUCGAUGAAUGAAUCAGGAUGUGUACAAAGUAUUUUAUAAUUUUUCUAUUUAAAAUAUUUCAUUGGUCAAUUUUAACAUUGCUAGUAAAGAUUUACC